CAGGUUUCUUUGCUUUCGGUCUGGAUGAUCGCCGCCGUUGCCAACGCAUCGGCAAAGAAACUCGAGAAGCGUGGAGCUCUCCUCGGAGGUCACGACUCUGGAUCAGCAAACUACCUCCCACCCGUACCGUCGUACGUUUCGAAACCUGUCGCAGUCCCAGCCCCGACUUAUGGUGUCCCAGCGCAUGGUCCCUCGUUCGCUGCCCCCGUUCCAGCCCCAACCUACGGUGUCCCAGCGCACGUCCCGUCAUACAGCGGGCCAGUCGGCGUUCCAUCUUAUAGUGGCUCCUUCUCAGCGUCGGUCCCAUCCUUCAGCGGUCAUGGUCCAACGCUGAGCCCAUCCAUCAGCGCCCCGGCGUACGCCGGGUCAGCCCCAGGUUCGUCUUAUGGUGUUCCUGUUUCCGGGCCAGCUCCGAGCUACGCAGGCUCUUAUCAUCAUUCACUGCCAGCCUCGACCUACGGAGUCCCUCAUCACCAUUCAGCGCCAGUUUACAGCGGUGUCUCCGCUGGAGUCCCAGCCGUGGGCCUAUCCGUUGGACACUCAGUUUCUCUUGGGUCUGACCACGGCGUUUCUCUGGGAUCUUCAGGUCUGCACGGAUCCUACGGUCUGCCAAGUUUGGAACCUGCCGUUGGAGUUUCGCUAGGAUCGGGCAGCUAUCCUAGCAAAUCCUACGGAGUUCCUUCGGGAGUUGUUUCUGGAGGUCUACCUGUUGGACUUUCCCUGGGUGUGCCUAGCAAAUCUUAUGGUGUUCCAGCAAUUAGCCAUGGUAGUGGACUUGCGUUGGGAUUAGGGUCCCUGCCAAGCAGCUCCGGUGGAUUUGGUCUUCCACAUUCCGACGUCCAAGUAGGACACGACGAUGGAUACUCGUAUCCUGUCCCGUCGAAGAAAUUGCUCAUUUAAAUUGGAAUCUGUUGAUGUUACGUGAAAGAAGGGUCGGUCAUGAAUAUGAAAAUCACAUGUCUGACCUCGCGGUUGUCGAUCAACGGUUGUCGACAGCUGUUGAAAGGUUAUUUAGAAAUAGAAAACAAUCGAUGGUACAUAGAUACAAACAGAUGAAACUGGAUAUUUAAAAGCGAGGACCUAAUAGGCUGGAAAAAUCAUUUGAAUCGAUAACUACGAAGGGUGGAAAUACUUUUGAGCGAAAUAUGGGAGAUUAUUUGACACAAUUGUUUAUAUAUAUUUUUUUACCGUAGUGAAUGGCGGAAUGUUGUGUUCCUAAUCUGCAGGUUCAACUUGUAAUACACAUUUUUUUGGUUUGACACUGUUUAUUGUUGUGUAAAAUAGAGUUUUGUAUUUGUCAUUUAUUUUUGUACACAUUAUUGAAAAUGUCUCUUUCACAUGUUGGAAUAAAAAGUUUGCCAGAGUUCUAAUUAUCGUAAUUGCUUCCUCCUUCUGUCUUAAUGAUUGUUAAGUUUAAUAAUAAAAGUUUCACUUUCUUGUCAUUUUCUGCAACAUUAUUGUG